AUGAAAGUCGAAUCUACUCGACUUUUAAUUGUUCUUGUUUGUCUUAUAAUAAGAAUUACAAAUACGAAUGGAUUAUCAAAACGACAACAAUGUCGUGAUUUUGCUGGCGAUCGUUCAAAUUGUCAACGAUUUAUUCGUUGUUUUCAUAAUUUAAGAGUUGUAUUCACAUGUGCAUCUGGUACAGCGUAUGUACCUGAAUUACAAACAUGCGUUGCUAAAGAAUUAGUAACUGAUUGUAAUGAUUCAGUGAAUCGAGUUGGCAAUUUAUUUCAUUUAAUAGAAGUAACAAUGAGUUCAAAUGAUACAUUAGAUGACAAUGAUGAUUAUCCAACAAUUGAAGCUGAUUUAGAUGCACUUGAAGCACCUAUGCAAAAAUCUCUCUCAUCAUAUGUUGGUAUUUCUAUUACAUCAAGACGAUUUGGUUGUUCAUCAUACUGUUACAAUGAUGGAAUAUGUGUUCUUGUUGGACAAUCAAUUACUUGCCGUUGUCAACCUGGUUAUAUCGGCGCUCGAUGUCAAGUAGCACUAUCUGGUAUAAAUCCUGGAAUUAUAAAUCCUGGAGUUAUAAACUGUAAUCCGGCUGGAAGUCUUUGUCAAACAAAUACAGCUCUUGCAUUAGGAAAUCAAUGUCUACCAAAUCCUUGUCAAAAUGGUGGUAGCUGUUAUCUUACUCAAACUGCUUUUGCUUGUGUAUGUCCAACUCAGUUUAGUGGAACACGUUGUGAAAUAAAUUUAGCUGCUGUCAAUCCAUGUUAUAAUCAACCAUGUCGAAACGAUGCCACAUGUCAAGUAGUUGCACCUUUUACAUAUCGAUGUAUAUGUCUUAUUGGUUUUAUUGGUGUUAAUUGUGAUCAACGUCCAUGUGAUCCAAAUCCAUGUUUAUAUGGCGGUAGAUGUUUACCAUAUGGAAAUACUUUUCAAUGUCAAUGUCCACCACAAUAUACAGGACGUUGUUGUGAACUUUUAUUUGUAACUACAGCAGCACCGAAUCCUUGUAGUUCUCAGCCAUGUCUUAACGGAGGUACUUGUUCACCAACAAGUGCUACAGCAUUUAUUUGUACAUGUUCACCAAGUUAUUAUGGUCGUUGUUGUGAAUUACGUAAUUAUUGUCAGCCAAAUCCAUGUUAUAAUGGUGGUACAUGUAUUGCUACAACAAAUGCUUAUCUAUGUCAAUGUAUAUAUCCUUAUACGGGUAGUAAUUGUGAAAUAACUAUAGCAGCUCAAGCUCCUCAACUUACUUGUGCUUGUAUAAUUUGUCCAUGUCCAACAGCAACUGCUGUAACACAUAAUCCAUGUGUUCCAAAUCCAUGUCAAAAUAAUGGUGGCUGCAAUGCUGUUCAAAAUACAGCUCAAUGUUUUUGUCAAGCAGCUUUUACUGGUUAUUAUUGUGAAUAUCAACGUAAACGAUCAUUAAGUAAUGUAGCUUGUGCAAACAUAACAUGUUUAAAUCAUGGAAAAUGUUAUGUUAAUGAAACUGAACCUCAAUGUGCAUGUCCUAAACCAUAUUUUGGUGAACGUUGUGAAUCAAUUAAUCGACCUCGUACAUGUAAUCCAAAUCCAUGUAGUCAUAAUGGUCAAUGUAUAUCAACAAAAGACGGUUAUAAAUGUAUUUGUAAAAAUGAUCGAACUGGUAUACUUUGUGAACAAAUGAUAAUGCCAAAAAAUCAUCGUUGGUGUCCAUUGGAUUGUCGAUCAGGUACAACAUGUGUUUAUGAAGGUAGUACACCAGUAUGUCGUGUAUUGUAA